UGCCAUAGUGUUUGAUCUUUUAGGAUCGAUAUGCUAGUUGUAUCCCAAAGUUGACAAAUGUUACUUUAGCGGAUAUAUGCAAAAAUUCUUAAAUAUUAAAAAUCUUUCUUUUGGGGUGGAAAAACAGACCAAAAUGCUAAUGACGACUCUUGCAUUAAUGGGCAUGUCCAAUUGAUUUAUCCAAUUAAAUGCUCUCUAGAAUGACAAUACCUGCCCCUGACUAGCAAUAAAGCUAAAAAGGUAGCUAAACUCUCAUAAAACCUCUCUCUUUCUCUUUUCCCCCAGAUGUCACAAGUGACACCAGCGUGGAUGAAGCAGCAAAAGAUGUAGAAUCAGUUGUGGGUGCUGAUGGGUUGAACUGCUUAAUUAAUAAUGCCGCAAUUAACAUCUCCAGUGAUCUCAACACAGUGACUCGAGAUGUCUUGAUGAAAAGCUUUGAAAGUAACACAGUGGCUCCUCUUUUUGUCACCAAGGCCUUUUUGCCAUUGUUGAGAAGGGCAGCAGCUCAAGGUAGUGGCAUGGGAAUACACAGAUCAGCAGUGGUCAAUGUCUCUUCUAUCCUGGGAUCUGUGCAGCUCAACUGGGGCGAGGGAGCGAGCUUCAAGAGUUAUGCUUAUAGAGCUUCAAAGAGUGCCCUGAACAUGGUUACAAGGUGUCUGGCCACAGAUUUGGAAGCAGAGGGAAUAUUGUGUGUAGCCCUCCAUCCUGGUUGGGUACGCACAGAUAUGGGUGGGCCAAUGGCACCUUUGAGUCCAGAAGAGAGCAUUUCAUCUGUGUUGAGUGUCAUUUCUGGAUUAAAGGAGAAGGAUCAUGGUGGAUAUGUGGAUUACACUGGGAGCAAUUUACCCUGGUGAACUUUUGUGUGUCAUUGUCAUUGUCCAAGUGCAAAAGCCAGAACCCUGAUGAGCUAAAACCAGAAAAACAGCCUGCACUAUUAAUUAUUCAUAAAUUCCCUGUUUGCAUAUGUUUCCUGUGGUUAUGUGUCCCUGUAUGCAUGUGUAUAAAAUGUGUGUGCAUGCAGAUUAUAUAAAGAAAUAAAAUUGUGCUUUUGGGAAGAAAAGAAAAGGUCAUUUUUACAAAAGUGUAUAUAUAUAGAAAAUCAAAUUGUUUUGACCUGUCAAUGAAAGGCUGUGAUGCUGAAUAUCUUAAACUAUAUACUGUUUGAUACCUGUAAGUAAUGGUCUGUCAUGGUUGUUGCCUUUUCAUGAAUAUAAAAUACAAGAUAAACAAUUGGGUGUGGA